AUGAGUGCUGGCACAGCUCCGGGACCACCCUACAUCGCCCUCCCUGGUGGAGCUGGGGGCCUAGCACCCUCCAAUAUGGCAAACGCGAACAAUGAAAAAAAGACCAACUCGCCUCCACCCCCGAUAUUGAAGGAGAACAAAAUGCGUUUUAGCGACGAAAACAAACGAAAGCUGAGCUGUGUGAUGGAGUCCAUGACGGCGGAAAAGGUAAUGCUUUUAUGAAGGGCGUGAAUUUAUUUUGCAUGCGUAUUCUGCGUACUUAUCAAAAACAAAAUCUUCGAAUCUACAGGGAUUGUACUUCCUUGCACCUUAUUUCGUAAAUUGCAAGAUUUCAUCGUCAAUAAAUACGACAGAUCUCGGCACUCAAGACGUCCUUUCAGAACAAAAGCGCGCUGGGUAAGAACCUCAUACCGGGUGCUAUGAGAGUGCAGAGGAUGAACUCCUCCUUCAUUCGGCUUCUUGUCGCUGGAAGAUCUGCAAAGAGUGCGCAACUACUUACGCUAGGCAUUGCCUUUUGCUUCUAGCUGCGGUACCGCAAUGGUGCGUAACAAGUUCUAUACAGAAGUAGCAGAGCGAGAACUUCACUUCUAGCACCCCAAACUACGAAGAAGUUGCUGUUGCGAUAGUAAGAUUUAUAGGCCGCGGACUUGUCAAUGUCAUGCAGCAGAAAGUACAGACCUUGUUCUUCCGAGCGGCCCUUUUGACUGCUGGUCUUGCCUUCCGAAUGGCCUACAACUGAAGGAGGAGUACUUGUGCACUUCCAUACCUGGCUCAGGUGCACAAGACGAGGCAACCAAGCAGGAAAAAUCCUAUGCCCAGAAAGUUGCAGAAUGCGUCUCCGGGCUGGUCUCCUCGAAAAACGGCACCUUGAUCGGACCGAGCAAGGGGGAUGUGAUCGGAGGGUUCACCCUCGGGCUGAUACUCAUGGCGCAGUCCGUUGCCCACGCGGGUCUUUGCGGUUUGAGUGGGGCGGACUUGAUUCACGGGCCCUACAGCUGCAUAUUACCGCCGCUGAUCUAUGCGUGUCUCGGCUCCAGUCGCCACGGUUCGGUCGGGACCGGGAGUCUGGUGGCGUUGCUGACGGGACAGUUCAUCAAGAACGCGGAGAUCAACAAUCACCCAAUAGCGGCACAGGUGAGUAGAACAUGAUGUGACAUUUUUGCGACAGACGGCUAAGCUUCUUCUCCGCACAGAAGUGGUUGGCACUGUGAUCUUCGAACAAAAAUUAUCGUUUGGUUCUUUUCUCAUUCUUUAUGCAAAAAGAUGUUUUUUUAUCAAAUUCAAACAUCACUGCAGGUCGUGUGCAUGACCACCAUAGUGGGGAUCGUUUUGAUCCUGAUGCGGCUUCUCCAGCUCCAAGCGCUCGUGAAAUUUCUCUCCCGCGCGGCCCUCGUCGGUUUCGUGUAUGCGGUGCAAAAGUAUCGUACUAGUAUAAAUUGCAUGACAAAUUUGCUCAGCAUUACAAAUGAAAUUUCUCAUGCUGAUUUACCUUGAGAAAGAGAUUUGUCAUGCAUAAUUGCAAUUACUACGAGUGCGAUACUUUUGCACUCCAUAUCGCGAACGCCUCCGCGAUUCUGAUCAUCGAGUCCCAGUUCCGCGCCGUGAUCGGGUUGAGAAAAGACCCCAACCAACCACAAGGGUUCCCGGGAAAAGUGUUUGAUUUGGUGAAGCAGCUGAUCAACCUGGACUUCGUGAACUGGCAGAUCGGGGCCUUGGGUUUGGCGCAGUUGCUGCUGUUGUUCGCGGCGAAAAAGAUCAGUAAGUCCAAGUGGAUGAAAGACGCGGCGGAGCAGAAAAAGGGUUGGGUUCCGUUUCUGAAAUUCAUCUUCAAAAUGAAAGAUAUCGUCGCGGUCUGCUUCGCAUUCGCGGUCUCCUACGUGGUCACGGAAAACUACCCGGCUGUGGACCUGAACAACGUAGGUGCGUUGCAGUCCGGGCUCCCAGCAAUGAUCUUUCCACCAUCGCCAAUAGCGGUAAAGAUCGCGCCACCCGUUGUAUUACCGUCAGACACGACCCCGCCGUCACGACCUGUUGACCCCUGCGACCCGAGUAACACCCCAGACACGGUUCUUUUCUACUUCGGUAGCGAAAACGCGGACGGCCACACCUCGUGCGUCCGCGUGUCCGGGUUGUGGCAACAGCUGCUUCCCGGCGGCGCGGUGGUUGCCUUUAUCGCAUUCCUGUCGUCAUUUGCCGGCGCGAAGAAAUUUGCCUUGCAGGACGGGACGUAUCAGGUCGACGCGUCGAAGUAUCUCAGAGAAAAAAGCCAGCAUGUCAUGCAGUGAGGAUGCAAGAAGCAAGAGACGCGACGAGAUAAGUAUGUAGUUUUGUGUACUUCAUUCAUCGAGACGUAUCUGUUUUUGCAUUAAUACAGUCGCUAGCUUUUUCUCUUCGAUACGAAAGAAUUGAACGCGCUUGGGACCGCGAAUCUUCUCGGCUCGUUUUUCGGCGCCAUCCCGGUGCAGGUCGGCUUGAGCAGAGUAUGACAUUGCACAAGAACUCCUGCUUCCCCUGCGACCCCUCAUUGGUCUUGCCAAAAUUAUAAAUCGAAAGUAACUUCUAAUAAUUUCCUUCUGAGGAGCAUUACAGCAUUCAUAAAAUUCAAAAUCCAGGCGCUGCCGUGGUGGCGGUUCUUGCGGAUUUACUGUCAUGCGAUGAAAGCUACAUGUUUAUUUCUAGUUGUGGCUGCAACUGAAGGUGAAGGGCAAGGAACAUGGAGGGGAACUAGUCCUGGUUCUGCACCUUCAUACCGCACCGCGAUCGGCUACGAGGCCGGCGUGCAGUCCCAGUGGGGCGGGAACGUCGUGGUGGCCGUGAUGGUGAUUUUUCUCUCCCUUCUCUUCACCCCGAUCUUCCACUACGUCCCGCAGUCCACGCUCGCCGCGAUUAUCAUUUCCGGUGCCUCGGGGCUGUUCGAUUUCCAGAUCGUGCGAUACCUGUACAACAUGGAGCCCGAACUGUACAAGAAGCGCGGCUUUUGGAUCAACAUUGUGGCUUUCGUCGGAACGCUUCUUGUCGGCGUCGCGCAGGGCAUUUUGGUCCCGGGGUUUCUCUUAUGAAAUGCAAAAGCAUCGUACUAGUAGAAAUCGCGUGACAAAUUCCGUCAGCAUAAAAAAUGAAAUUUGUAAUGCGGCUUGAGGUUAAGAAGGAGAUUUGUAAUGCAUGACUGCGAUUAGUACGAAUGCGAUACUUUUUUCAGAGGAUUUCUCUCCGUCUUUUUGCUCAUCAAGGACGCGACAAAACUGCGCGUGCGGGAAAUGGGAAAGCUACCGCAGUCGAAUAUGACAGUGCACAAUUAGUCUCCUCUUUUCUUAUUAUUUUAUUUUGGAAGGACAACUGCAACUGGAAAGAAGUGGCUGUUGAGUUUUGCAUCACAGUUACAACCAGAACCAUCUUAAUUCACCAGAGUGGGGGACCACGAGUUGUGCACUAGCAUAUGGGAAUCUUGGAGAACGAAAGACACUUGGAAAACAGCAAGAUCUGUGCCGGACAUUUUGGCGUUGCGGCUCGAGGGCAAUCUAUGCAAUGCAAAAGCAUCGUACGAAGUAUAAAUUGCAUUACAAAUUAUAAUUGACUUAGCAUUACAUAAUGCUGAUUUACGUUGAGAAAGAGAUUUGUAAUGCAUAAAUACAAUUACUACGCGUGCGAUGCUUUUGCAGAGGAUACAGUCUGACCUUUAGCAACGCGGAUGCGCUGUUUGAUGAGAUAACGAAGCACGUUGGUAUAAUAUGUUUUUUUGAAGAUUUGAUGAAAGAAAAGAAACAAAUUUUAAACCCGGAUAAACACGUAAUGAGUGAAUGAGUGAAUGAAUUUUUUAAGGAGGUAGGUUUUUUUUGCGUAGUUCUUCGAAGAUGUUUCAAAUUCAUUCAUUAGCGUCAUGGAGCAAAGACCCUAGAGUUUCUAUCGCAUGAACAACAACAGAGGGCAACGGCGGGCUCGAGGGUGAUGCCAUCAAGGCUCUGGUUCUGGACAUGGGCAACGUUGCGAUCUGCGACUUCUCUGCCCUCGCGGUCUUGGAGGAGAUGGCAGCAGCCUGGCGGAGGAAGAAGAAAUUCCUGAUCAUAGUGGCCACACGGGACAACAUCCGCGAAAGAUUGGAACGGUUACUCAUGCCGCUGAUACCCAACCCGUCACUGCUACUGAACACAGACGACGGGGUCACGCUCGCGAAAUUUCUCAUCACCGGGGAGGCGGCGACCCGACCAAGCUCGCCCGUAAGGAAAAGCUCGAAGGACCAAAGUAUGGAAGCGCCAGGAGGUGGGAAAUUUCGUCAAAAUCGGAAAAGACUGCGAUUUAUUUGCAUGCGCGCGGGCCCGCAACUUUGAAGGUGCGCAGGAAAAACAAGAAGCCCAAAUCCAAUACACGAUAGCAAUACGGUUUGAUGUAUCUCCUGCUCCGAAAUAACGCACUUCUUUUGCCAUGCUCUUUCGCAAUAUCUCUGGCUACCAUUGGCUGUGACAGGCAACUGUACAUUGUGUUCUGCAAUGCAGACAUUUCUUGGAAGCAUAUCAUGUCAUGCAUCACAAACCAAUCCAUCGGGAUUUUCGUUUUGCAACCUUUUCACGACCUGGCACUUCCAUAGACGGCCAGCAGGGUUCCUUACAGAAAGUGGUGAUAGAAUACGACGAGAAGACGUCCGUAGGAUCCGCAUCGGUACCACGGAUUUUCAUUUUUUUGUAGUUUUAAGUUUAGCAUAAGCUAUCACAUUCACCGUCGAUCUUCUUGCACAUCCGGCUUAUCAUAGGUACAUCGUAAUCCCGAGGGAUCCACCUCCGACAUGUUGAUGCAAAACACUCUACACAGAUUCCACCGUCCCUGAAGUCUUUCGUCUGGGCAAAAUUCAACGCGGACGAGCUUGACGAGAUGCACAGUGAGUUGCACAGUCGCUACGACGCCGUGGCCCACCGGUCUUCUAGCCGAGACAAUGGCCCUUCGUCCACUAGUAGGGACACCGGUCCACUAAAUCAGCCUUUGCUCAGCACGAAUGAUAGAUCGCAGUCCGCAGACAGUCCGCAGCGUGGUAACGCCCCCUUCUACCAGCCCACGCAGCGGCUGUCCGGUGCAAGUGUCGGGUCCGACGCGAGUCGAUCGCCGGGGCAGGAAAGAUGGACGAAACUCGGAACCUCAACCUUUUUUCAAAGUCGAAAGCUGAACGUGCUGGAAUCGACGCGGUUAAACCGGGAAUUUUCGGAAGUCGCGUUAACCCCGAUAGCAGCGACGGCGAGCAACCCGGCUAAUCCGAGCAGAGACAACCUGCUGCAGUAGCACUUGCUGCUCUUGUCAUUGCAUCCUCGGUUGCAAUUUUGAUUUUCCGGGAGAAGCGAAGUGGAAGGGUGGAGCAACUGCGGGGAGAAGCUCCUUCUGUCGUCGGUUUCUUCUGCUGUUGUGCUGCCACGCGUUUGUUCCUCUUCCCAAGCCGAAAUUUAAAUGAAAAUCAUGAGCAUGUUUCAGUUUCGUAUGUACCACUUGAUUUCCAUUUCUAUCCCCGCCCUUCGCGGACCAACAUCGGCGGCGCGCGACGUGUACAAAACUCUUUGAGACGUGGGCGUUUCUUUUUACCACGAACAUCAUCUACGUAUUUACGAAUCAAACAAGUAGAAGUACUACAACGCAAUAAACAUCAACGCAGAGAUACCAAAAAAAAGGCGCAGCACCAACUACCUGCUGGUAGUACGAG